AUCUAAACAUUAGAAAAGAAGAUAUCCUGUUUUCUCUUCUUGAUACAAAUUUCGACCCAUGAAAGCGCGGGCUAGUCUUAUACGUCGGGAUUCAAACCCAUCAACAUUGCCUCGCAUCGAGUUUUAGCUCAGAUAAUGUCUAGGUGUCUCUAAAGCGAGUCGUUGACCUCGGAUGUGCUGUACGCGUUUUACAUCUGAAGCCUUGAUUCUAGGGCACAUUUUUGCUAGGUUAUGCCUGUCAUUAUGUUUCUGUUGGUGUUGGAAAUAUCCCAUCAAGUAGCAAAAUGACAACACACUAGACACGCUCACUUUAGUAUUGCACAUAUAUGGAGAUUUUGUAAUACCUUAGUAUUUUAAGGUUAUGACAGUUUGAUGCUACUCAUACCAUUGUUUACAUGUACUUGGUUCAGUGGUUACAACACCUUUAAUCAUUAUAAAAAUGCACUUGUUAGCGGACAACUCUGUUUUGUCAGAGGCCUUUAUUUGUAACCCACACUCACGUAUCAAGGGUGUUUUACUCUUUAGGUUCCGAUUCAUUAAAGAUCUCUAACCUCACUAAAUGUCAUGAUUUGGAGGGAACUUGAUUUUUAUGUAUUUGUAACUUAUUCCCUGAGAUUAAGUUCAUUAUUAGCCAGUGAUUGUCUUUCCUGCAUUGAAUGAAUUCAACUGAAAGUCAAGAUGCAGGGAAUCAUGUGUGUAGAUGAUGUUGAACUGGAUCCCAGUCUGUUUCAUAUUCCAAAUUCACAAAUGCCUCUUCUGACCGAACAAAGUAUAGUGGAUGUCACCGCCAAUCGCUCAGCCCAGACAAUAGCUGUUGUUGAACUGGGAAAGCAGUUACUUAUAGCUGCCAAAGAUGGUCAAGUUGACACAGUUCGGGAUCUUAUGAGUAAAGGAGCCCCAUUCACCACCGAUUGGCUUGGUGUGAGUCCCUUGCACCUUGCAGUUCAGAAUAAUCAUGUGGAAACUGCUGAGGUUUUAUUGCGUGCUGGAAUUUCUCAAGAGGCACGAACUAAAGUUGAUAGAACACCUUUACAUAUGGCUGCCCAAGGUGGGCACUUAGAUUCUGUCAAACUCCUACUAAGGCAUGGAGCCGAAGUAAACUGUUCAGAUAUGUUACGAAUGACCCCACUUCAUUGGGCUGUAGAAAACCAAAAUGUUGAAGUGAUAGAGACAUUAUUGCAAGGAGGAGCAGACCCUCAUGCUCUAAGCAAAUUUGACAAAACUCCUACAUCUAUGGCCAAGGAUGUUGGAAGACAUGACAUUGCUGAGAUUCUUGAGAGCUCAGAUUAUGCCACAAUAAGAUUACAAGUUCCUCUACAAGCAGCAGCAACUGAGCUGGAACAAGAAUCUUUGGCUGCAACAGCGAGUAUCGCUGCAGAACUCACCACUGAUCACCAUGAGGUGACACAACAAAUUCAAGCUGCGCCACCCAUCCUUAAGAAGCCGAGAGUUCGUCUGCAGAUGGAGUCCAAACAGGUGAUGGUAACAAUACCACCCACUUCAACCACAAGAACUUUAUCGUAUUCAAAACUCCAGUCUCCAAAACGAAUGAUGACUACCUCAGCAGGAGCUGCUGCUAAAUCAGCGUUUAGUAUGGAUUCUGAUGCAUCGCCUUUAUCAAAUUUAACAUCCCAUGCUAUCUCAGGAGCUACAACAACUGUAAAUAAUAGUACUUUCCAAUUACUUCAAGCUCAUGGAAUAACCAUGCUUCCCACUGAUGAGCCAACUACUGUUGAGACAGCAAUGGAAAGUGGCCAGACUGUGGUUCUCACUGAAGCUGGAAAAAUGGCCUUAAAUCUCACUCGAGUUGGAGGACGCUUAAUAGGGUAUCCUAAAGGAAAACUUUUAAACAGUGUGGCCUCUGGAGGGGUUCAAAAGAAAGCACCCGUUCUUGGCAGCAAGUCAAGAAUUAUUAAAAUCCAUCCCAGUCAACUAGUCGCACUAGGUGGAGGGAGGGUUCAAGUGCCCAGUCAAUUAGUAAUGCAGCAAGCUAAAAGUCCCAAUAUACUAACUAAAAGGAUGACUUUAGCUUCAAAUAGCUCUAUUGGUACUAUUAAGACUGUGCCGGUAAAUACAGUAAAUCGUGUACAAAGAGUAAUGAUAUCUCCUCAACAAAACCAACAAAUUACUCAACUCUUUCAACAGAAACAACAAAAAGAGAGGGUGCAACAGAUACAAAUCCAACAAGUCCAAACGGACCUGCAAGAUGAUUCAUUAAAUCUUGAAGAAGGCAUUGUAGACUCAGGUGAGGGUAAUUAUGAGGAGGAAGAAAAUGAAGAACCAGCACCUCCCAUGCCUACAGAUCUAGAGAGCAUUGCACAGGAAUUAGCAAAUGCAAGAAAGCAGGCUGCAGAAUAUCGGAAACAGUUAGCAAAGAAGGAAAAAGAAGCUGAGCUUUACCUACAACAAUUAACCAGGAUAAAAAGUGUUGCACAGUAAUCAAACUUGAAGGAUACGUUAAAUCAAUCCUAUGCGAUCCUGGAAAUGUCAUUGAAAAGUACAAAUGUUUUUGUAAAUAAUAGUUUUGUAAUUUUUACAGAAUCUAUUCACAACUAGGAGUAAAUCUGUUUGAAUCAUGAAUGUUUAUGUAAUAUUAAAUACUGAUCAGGUUUAGCUUUCAAGGUACAAUAUUUUAGAUUUACCUUAUUUUCACAAACUGCAAUGAUAGUCAGGGCAAAGAGAGAGUCUGAUCUGAAACCAGUUACACUUUUCUUCUAACAUUCGGAUUCUGUCAGAAUAACAUACUUCAGUGAUCAGGUGAACAUGCUUGGGGUAGCAAAUUGCUAGAGCUUUUCUGAUUAAGCAAAUUAUUUUAUGUUAUUUCUAGUGCAAUUGUUUUUCAGUCAUAAUGUGAUGGAAUCUAUGAAUUUGACUCAAAGAUUAUUUUAAGUAUACAUGCAGAUAAGAUUAAUUUUCUGACCCAAAUAAGGUAUUUGAGAUGUGAUCAUAUUAUGUCAAAUGUACUUCUUUCAUUUUUUUUUAGAGAAACUGCUCCUUUUGCAGAAUGUGAUUCUGAAGACUGUGUUAUUGCUCAAAGUACUAGGCUUCUGGUUUUUUGGACUCAUAUUGGUUUCAUCACAACAGUUUUAAAUGUCUUACUUUCCUGACAAGCCAGCUUCACCUGCCAUUAUUUGCAUGGUUUGAUUUGCUUUUUAUCAAUAAUUUACUGUUUUCAUCUCCAAUAUAAAUGGAGAUAAAUUUUUAAAAGUCAGAUUGAGUGUUUCUUUUAAGGUUUAUAUUAAACUACCUCUUAUGAAAAAAAUAAAGUUGGAAGUUAA